AGUGCGGGUGCGGGCGCUAUUUAGAAGUUGAACAAUACGGAGUAUUGAACAUUGCUGCGGGUCAAUAAGGACUGGAGCAUCAAUAGGGAAACACAAGCGCCUAUUCAAGGGCAUAUGUCCGAGGCAAGCCAUAGCGCAAAGGUUAAAUGUCACCACCGUGGCAAGCCAAGGGGUCAUGUCCUGUUCAGAAACGUGUUCUAGGUCCGAUGUUCCAAACAUAAGUCUGUUUCUUGGUCGGAGGGAUAGAGGGUGGGACCGUGAUAGUGGUCAGGCAAGGCGCGGAGUCGAGGAGGUCGAUUUGACCGUUCAUCCAGGGAUCCCUUGCUGCCCAUGCGUAACCGAAACAAAUUCAGGUACGGAUGGCGCCUCCGUCCAAUCACACGGUGACAGUGCGAUGAGAGUGGCUCCAGAUGUUGCAGUGCGUUUCAAAAUAAUUGUCCUUGGUUCUUGUCUCUCGGCCAAAGGAUUGAAUCCCAGAAGUCAUGGUGAAUCAUGAGAUGUGUUCCCGGGUUUCUCUGACUGCUCGCCUAGUUCCCUGAACUUCGACCUGACAUCUCCGGUUCAACCGA